AUGAAGAUCAUCAAUCCGACAGCCUUCGCACUCGUGUGGCUCCUCGCGUAUGCUGCUGACGUGUCUGCCCGUAAUUUUACCGCUCCGGAGGAAUCGUCCGACGAUGGCUCAGGCUCCAUGAAGAUGGAACCGAUUAAGACUGCGGCCAACUUCGACAGUAAGGGUCUUAACAUGGAAGUCUGCCCGUCAGGUGAUUGCAAGAAUGGCAAGUUCAUGCGCCUCACGGUAGCCAGUCUCACUGAGCUGAAUGCUAAAGGAGAAACGAUUGAGGCAGUCACGAAAUUCAAACCGAAAAAUAGCGACUGGACUGCUAUUACAGAGGAGGAGAUAAAUGGCACCACGGCGUCUUCAACGACGUUUGUGUCUACGAUCGAAGUUGGUAGUGCCAAGACUGCGGUGGAGUUCAACCUCACGGCGAAAAUCUUCCAAGGCGACGCUACUGUGAAAUACGGCAGUCAAUAUCUGACGGUGCCUGUAGGUGCGCUAAAGUUCACGGUGGACAUGAACACUUGGCCGUUUGCCAACUCGGCCAACACGCUGGCUCUUGCUGUCAAGCUGGACGCGAAGGGCCCCAAGGGUGCAGACAUCGGCAAGCCGGAGAAGAUGCCAAAGGGUAACAGUACCAGCAACACUACCGUUGAGCGGGUGGACCUGGGAGAGUCCAUGUUCAUGGACGCGCCAUCAAUCGUCAUUCUUGACAGUGUGGAGAAGAAUGUGAUCAACUCAUCCAUUGUCACGUCAGGUGCCGACACCUUGUUUCAAUGGGUCUUUCCUUCCUACACGAAGACGCUCCACUACGACCCUGUGCUUGGUGACGAAAGCACCAGCACCACGAGCUCGAGCACAAGCACGAGCAGCAGCAGCAGCAGCAGUAGCGGAAGCACGUCCACGUCUUCGACUGAAUCCUCGUCUACCUCAUCGGCCUCCAAGUUGUCUCUCUCGAGUCUUGCUGUUGCUGGCCUCACCGCAAUCGCCUACAGCCUUUUCUAA